UACAUAAUAGCUUAGCGCAAUGAUGAAGCGAGUUACAUAAUCUUCAUGAUGUCACUGCCCUGCUGGGGUUUUGAACUUUGACUAGAAUUACAAGAAAAGGUCCAGCCAGAUAAACACAGAAGUGACCUCCUUGGAAAGGCAUCUCCUAUACUACUCAUCUUUUACCUUGUACUCAAUAAACUAUCUCCACAGGUUUUAAAAGGGUAUCGUACAGUGGGUGUGCUUUUGUCAACUUCAAUUUCUAAUCAAUUAGUACAUUUUCGAACCCAAUAUAAAAGCUAAAGUGAGGCUCCAAUGGAUUCACUGAUUCACAUUCAGUUAGUGCUAUCCGAUAUGAAAGAAGAUCCCAGCAAAAGCAAGAAGAUAGAAGAUGAGGGACAGAAAUAUGUCAAGUACAGAGGAGUAAGAAGAAGGCCAUGGGGAAAGUUUGCAGCAGAAAUACGCGAUUCGACAAGGCAAGGAGUUCGGUUGUGGCUUGGGACUUUUAAUACUGCAAAAGAGGCUGCAAGGGCAUAUGACAAAGCCGCUUUCUCUAUGAGGGGUCCUCUUGCAAUUCUCAAUUUCCCAAGGGACAUUUCGCCAUUUCGGCAGAUGAAGAUGCCAGUGCCGCGCAAUUAGUGGUUACUAACAUCAUGAAGCUUCAGCUUGUUGGUAAUUUGAAGCAAAACUGCAGCCAAAUUCAUCAUCCAUUGUAUGCAUUUCUCUGUUAAUUACUUUAGAUGAUAAAUCUGAUCAUCUGGUUUAGUGACGUCUCCGUGUCGUAUAAUUUUCUUGUUCAAAGAUGUCAUUGCUGCUGAUAUACAUGUUUGUGACAUAUUCAUUUGAUAUGUGAUAAAAUAUAGAGCUCUCAUCAAUCUUUUGUCUUUGCUGCUUUGCACACAUCAUUAAUUGUUAUUAACAUUACGCAAAACAACGUCCUUGAUUACGAAUUCGAAUGUAAUUUUUUAAGGGCAGGACCACUCCCUAAAGAUAAACA